AUGGGUAAUAAAAAUCAUUUGAACUUUUUGAAAAAAGUCAGACUGGUGUGUGGCUUCGUCGAUCCUUCCCAGCUAAAGUACAAAAAUAAAUUGGUUAAAGGCUUUUACAGGGUCUACUCAUUGAUAGCCACACCGUUAUACCUGACAAACCUCACCCUGAUGAUCAUAGAAAUGUUCAAGGAGUCCGACAACCCCCAAAUCAUGGGGGAAACCUUAAGCUAUUCGACGCUUUACGUGGUGAUGUACGUGAGUCUCCUCUACAUCGAGUCCAAAAGCGUCCAAGACCUGUACAAAGCCAUCGACGAAAAAGAGGAGGCUCUUCUAAAAACGGCCAACACCAGCAUCAAACAAAUCUACGAGAAGCACACCGAAAUAAACAACGUGGUGGGGGCGCAAAUAUUCGGAGUCUGCGGCGUCUUUUGUAUUUGCCUGGUCCUGCACCACAUCAAAAUAUUCGAAGGCCAAAGGGCUUACGUUUUCUAUCAGUGGUUCCCCUUCAACCCCGACAAUUACUAUUGGCUGCUCAUUUUGGAUCAAGUGUGCUACUUGAGUGUGGCUCUGUUUUACAUGAUGUACUCCAAACUGGCCGUAAUAGCAUUUUGCACCUACAUCUUGGCCCACAUCAAGGUGCUGCAGCAUUUCGUCGUCAACAUUGAACACUAUGCGAAGUACGUGAUGGAGAACGAAGGGAUCGAAGACAUACAUGAUGCCCGAUACGUUGUCAUAAAGCAUUGCGUCAGGACCCACAAUGAAAUUAUAGAAUACAUCGAUUUGGUGAGGCAAAACACCAGCACCUUCAUUUUGCUUGAUUUUAUGUUGACGUCGUUGCAGCUGGGUUCAAUUUUGAUUUCACUGAUGACUGAAGGAUUGGUGACAAUAUACCCAAACUCAAAUGCUACAAAAAAUAAUCUAAUAUUUUACAGAAUCCAAGACUUGUGGAUAAGUUGGUGCUGUGGUACUACUUUGUCUUAA